GCGUUAAACGCUUGCUAUUGAGAAGUGUUUUUCACUUGAAGUCCAGUUUAUCUUGGAAAAGAUUCACAAUCCGAUAUUUUAAUUAUGGCAAUGUGGAUAAAAUUCAUCAAGAAUCCAUUUGUUUUGUAAAGUCUAAAGAGAUAGCAUGAUAUUAAUAACAAACUGCAUAUUGAUAAAAUAUAUCUAGUGUAACGAGGUUUAGCAUCAUUACACCACUUGUGUGCUGUUAGAUUGAGCUUUGAAACCAAUUAUGGGGCACGCUCACCAAAAUUCACUCCUUGGACUUAUCCUACUGAAUCUGGUUGCUACAUGUGCUUCUGAUUGUACAACAGACUUUCGCGACGAAAAUCUGAACGCCGAAAACGGUGGUUUCAAAUCAACUAAUUUGAAGGUCUGCGACGUACCCACGUUUCUGAACGUCAACUGUACAUUGGAAGAGAACCUUAAGUCACACUUACAGACUGUUAUCAACAGGACUUUCGAAGACUUAUGGGAUAGGUGCAGCCUCGAUAGGCUGAGACUCUUUCUCACGAAACCACCUGCAAAUGUUUCCAUAACAAUAUUGACUAAUUCAAUGCUCAGAUUGGAUCAGGGAAUAAAUAUUUUAAUCUGUGACAUAUUUUUACAGAAAAUUGGCUUCAAAUUUAUUGAAGAUGGAGCAUUUGACUCCCUAGAGAGGUUAGAGUUUGUACAUUUACAAGGCAAUUACCUGCAAACGAUUAAAAACGAAACAUUUAGGAAAUUAGUUUAUUUGAGAAAAUUAGAUCUCUCAAAAAAUGUAAUUUUUAAGUUACAUGAAGGAUGGUCUGACAAUUUGCAAAGAUUACGAAUUCUUAAUUUGUCAUAUAACCAUCUAUCUCACCUAUCACUAUCACACUUCAAAUCACUGAAAAAUCUACGUGAGCUCGAUAUUAGUGGGAAUCAUUUGUGGAGGAUAGACGUAUCAACUUUCAAAGACCUGAAAAAUCUCAUUAUUCUUGAUCUUUCUGGCAACAGCCUUGACAGCUUUUAUUUUGGAACUUUCGACAAUUUGCGAACGUUAACAACACUCAAUAUUUCUAAUAAUAAAUUUGAAAUGUUGCCUUUGUAUACAUUCCACGCUACAGACAACCUUGAAAACUUAAAUUUUAGUAAUAACCGAAUAAGUGAUUUGGAUUUGAACGCAUUAGAACGACUGCAGUUUAAAAGAGUAGACUUUCGAGGAAAUCAACUUUCAUGCGAUUUUUUGUUAGAUUUGAUUGAACAUUUAGAGAAGAAACAUAUUCACUUCAUAAAAGAAAAUAUCACUGAAGAUGAUAAUGUGUACGGAUUUGGAUGUAUUAAUUCAUAUCAGACAACUGAAGAUGAUGAUUAUGUAACAUACCUCACACGUCAGAUGAGUCGAUUGUCGAGGAGAGUGGAAACUCUAUCUAAAAAAUUGGAUGAAGUUUUGCAUCUGCAGGAGAAACAAAAUACUGGGCACAAUUGAUCACACGCAUUUCUUAACUCACUUCAUAGUCAGGAAUAUGUAGAAUUGAAGACCAUCAUCACAAUGGCAAAUGUUUGAGAUGGAAAACGAUAUUGCCGCUUCACGUAUCAAAUUCCAAGCUAACGGAUUAACUGACUUAUGGUGUUAGAUGAUAAUAAUUAUUUUUUUGUAAAUAGAAACCUGUAUAUAUGUAAGCGGUAUUUUGCAUCUCGUUAGUAUGCAUUAUAGUUUAUGUCGGCUUAUGUGCUAUCGUAAGUUCACGUAAUGUCAAGGUGUGUUUCCCUCUUUUUUAACGCAAAAUAUCUCCCAAUGUGAAAUUCUAAACUUUUUCAGACUAUACUCAAUAAAAGUACCUGCCUCUUAGCAAAUACAACAUCUUCCCCUACUCCCCAUCAUUCCCAUUUUGAAAGAGAAGACGGAAAAUGUACAUUUAUUCCAUUCGUUCUACUCUCUCAACUUUAUUGGUAUUCCUGCCAUAUAAAAAACCUUUCAUCCCAUUUACAUAUAGGCAAUUUUUGUUGUUGGGUAGAGUAAUUCAAUAUAAUACGUUGAGCUAUAUUUUGCUUUCACAGAAAAUAUUUACCGGUAUUCUAUAUGAGCCUUCUAUUUAUCCAUUUUGUUUUAGUUGGUAAAGCCCUUUUCAUAAUUUUGUUGUGUAUUUUCCACAGAUAGGUAUUACAAAAUGAGCGACAUACAAUGAAAUGCGAAUAGAGAGUAAUACUUGAUUUAUUAAAAGCUUCGCUUUAAUUAGAUUUGACCGAUUAUCUCCUGUUUAUUGUACCUGUAAGGUUAAUGCAGUUUAAGAAUCACAGCUGAAAAAUAUACCAAGCCUUUCGCGAAUCCGUUCGUCUAUAGACCAGAGGAAAGGUGUUUUAUGUACUUUCUUAAGCGGAAGGCGAUCAUGCCAUGAUUAAAAUUAUUACAAGGUCGAUAUAAAGGUCCAACUUCGAGACAAGGUCAUUGAAAUAUAAUAAGUCUUUCAAUGUCACACCCAAAAUAUGACCUUUGUUCGACAUAAGCGUAGCAUAAUCUAGCAUAUUUUUUCUGUUGUGGAAAUAACUUUGACUAUUAAAUAAUUCAAUACC